UGGAUUUGCUUAAUUUAACCAGCAUUUUUAGUUUUAGUAAGUUUGUCGCAACGCACAAGCGGAGUGGAUGUUACGACACGCAUAGCAAGAGCAAUUUGGUUAAUAUCAAACGGUCGGUCUAGUGGAAACCAAAUUAUUGCAUUGUUAGAUUUGUUUGGUUUAAAUUGUAAAUUUGCAGAAAAUUUGAAUACUUUGCUGAUAAUUCACAUUUCGGACAUGCGGCAAUGCAUUGUUCAAACGAUAAUAAAUCGCCCACGGUUAAAUUCUUUAUCGCAUCGUGCGAUCAUCGCAUUGAUGACGAGGUUUCAGAUGUUCAAAGGCUAAAUGAGAGGAAAACAGUAAAAAGUUGUUCGCGCGAAGUAAAAUGAGACUGAAGCGGUCUUGGGUAUUAUACACGCUAAGGAGAGGUCACUGACUGAUACGAUUUUGUGAACAAUGUUAGAAGAGCAGAAUGAGAUUACAAAAAUGCGAUAAAAUUUGUAGGUAACUAAAAAGAAAAGUGUAGUUGUAAAUUGGUUAUUUUUGAGUAUAUUAUUAAAAUAUAUAAUAUUUUAUUAUAUCUUUUCACCUUAGAAAAGUUUAAAAAAAUGUUUAUAUAGAAUAGCAUACACUGUCGGAACGAGAGAAUAUACAAAAGGACACGCUGUUAGCUUGAGAUGAGCCAACUCCAGUUCUCAAGGCAAUACAGCAAUCCAUCAGUUCCGAUAUGUUUAAACAACGACUAUUCAGAAAAUCCCAUCUCUUCAGAUUUAGAACAAAUCGACAUUAUUUCGUACCAUAACAGUGACACACACGGGGUUUCCACAAUAUCGACUGAUAUUCUUCCAGACCACGGAAUGGAUAUGGCGGACAUGGGAUUGCAUGAUUCAUUUUUUGAAAGGCAAACGAUCACACACACUGAUGCUCCCGGCAUCGAUUUUGCAGAUAAAAAAGGAUCUGUCACUACAAUUCGGUCUGUUUCUAAUUCAGACGGCAAGAGCAUGAUAUUCGUAUCCGACUUUGGGAAUAGCGCACCUGAGCAUCAUUAUAACAGACGGUGGCAUCGACAUGCAAGAGAUGUCAGUUUAGCAGCUCCAGGAUCUCUGCCUUACUGGCAUUUAGCAAAAUCUAAUCCAUCUUCCUCGGCCACUCCCCCAUCACAAUUUUUGAAAUACCACGGCCCAGACUCUGUUAACUCAGGUCACGUCGAUUUUUCAACGCUGGAUGAUUCUCAUUCGCGCGGCAUUGUUGGUAACAAACAAUUUCAUCAGUUUUCGGCAUUUUCACCUCAGAUACACAAUUCGCCUGAUAAAAGAACGCCAUCACCACCUGAGGACCUCACUGCAGCAUCACAUUGUCAUUUCACACGACCGUAUGAUCACAAAACUAUGCUUGAUAACCUGGAAUCUUCAACAUUUAUUGACCAAACGGAAACUAAUGUUUCCUCGUCACCAUUUGAAUCGAUAGAUAAUAUCAACCAUUUCUUUCCCGAUGAAGUAAGACAGCCACGGCCUUCUGUUAUAUCUAAUUCUAUCAAAGGCAACUUCACCCGGAACUCAAUAUCGACGUCCAAAGCAGAGUCAAUUAAGUCAUUGGAUUUGACCACAAAUUCGCCUGUACGAGCUAGUGCGUACGUAGACAAUGACUUUGUUCAUCACAGACAGGCUUCUGAAUAUACUUCCAAACAUAAUUCCGAAAUGCCAUUUGUCAAAGUCGAAUACGGUGCCUUAGAUUUCAGCAUGAAUAGAGUGGGGAAGCGAAGUAAUUCGGAGCAAUUAGCACAUAACACUAAUUCACUGUAUACCAGCAAUUCUUCAACAAUCCACUCCCAUCAGGAUUUUGAAAAUUCCUUGUCAUCGCAGACAAGUAGUAUCGAUCUUACUACAUAUCCACGACUAAUCAAUACUCAGAGUGUGAACAGUCAAAACAGCUACAAGUCUCAGAGAAAAAACGUUGCAAUGUGCUCAUCAACGUCUAGUAAUAAUGGCAAGUCGCUCAAAGACAUUUUUGUACGGCUCAAUGGGGCUGACUCUGGUGGGUAUCAUCAGCCUUUAGAAACUUACAUCGAGCAGAUUUCGUCUCCAGCAACGAAUCCGAUUGUGAUGGGCAACAUGUUUGUAUCUUUGUCUAACCAACGUAGAUCAUCAUUACCUGGUACGGAAGAACUUAUGUUAGAUUCGCCAAGGUCAAACCCGAGUCGGUUUUCAGACGGAUCUACGACUCCAACAUUUUUGCCAUCACCCGCAUCCCACUCCGCAGAUUGUCACAGAAAACAGGCUUAUUUCAAGACCGUCAAGGACGGUUCGCAUGGCGUAGAUAUCGAUACAGACAAGGGAAUGGACAACAUAUCAUUAGACAACUCUUACGAGUCAAUGAAGAAUUUUUUCAGCAACACAAAGACUUUAACUAUCGAGCAGAUGUACAAGCAGGCAACAGGCGAUUUUAGUGGUUUAACACAGAAUUUUUCUUCAAGAAGAACGACUUCACCUCAAUCGAGUUCAAGCAGCAUAAACACUCUGCGCAACUACGGAGGCUUCGGAGAAGGAAGUUGUGCAGUAUGUGGAGACAAAGCUCGUUGGCAACACUACGGAGUACUUGCAUGCGAAGGCUGCAAAGGAUUCUUCAAGCGUUCAGUUCAGAAAAACGCCCAAUAUGUUUGCCUGGGAAAUAAAAAUUGUCCCAUUGACAAAAAGACAAGGACACAUUGCCCGUAUUGUCGAUAUCAGAAAUGUAUUGCUGUUGGCAUGAUAAAAAAUGUUGUGCGCACUGAUGGUACCAGAAGCAGAAGAGGGUCUAGCAAAUCAAGACUGGCAGCGCGGACACAAACGGCACUAAAGAAUACCGCUACUACAAUCGAGCAGUCUCAAGGAAGUUCUAGCAACAACGCACUUGGGCAGUACUUUACAUCUAAACCAUAAACUUCGGCAAUGAACUAGAAUUUCUUUAAUGGUCCAAGCAACUGGGCCCGAAGACAGACUGAAGUCAUGAAAUAUUCUGCCGAAAAAUAAAACAAUACAAUUACUGGAGAAGAAACUCUCGUAGAAAUCAUCACCAAUACACAUACACACGUUUUGAUGAUAUUCGAGACGGCCAAAUGCUUGCAGGCAUACGUUUGGUGGAUUAUGUAGUUUGGUUGGCGUGGGUCACCUUAUUGAGAAAAUAAUUUUAUUUUUGCUAUUCAUUCAAACACUUCUAUUUUCAAUUUGCUUACGAAAAACACGUUAAAGAUGUUCUCAAUAUAUGACAAACUAACUAAAUUUUGUCUGGAUUUGGAGAUUCACUGUGCUACUAAAAUAAAGUACAAUUAUAUUUAAUUAUCAACAAAUUUUUCUACAAAAAAAUACUUAUGAAACUAUUGCGCUCUGUUACAAAUUGACUUAGGGAGUAUUACAUUUUCGCCGUUCCCAGGUUAUUGGGAAAUCAUUAAAAACUGUAGCUUUGUUUUUUAAUUAUAAAUAAGAUGCAUAUUUUAGUAAUAUAAAUAAAUGAUCGGAAUAGGAGAUUCGGAUUGAAUUCUUGCAAAACUCCAUUCAGUUAUAAGAAUUAUCUGGAGACCCAUACACAAAAUUUUUGUAUUAUGCUCGUUAGAAAUUUUCUUAUAUUUAAAUCUGUUUUUGCAUUAUUAUUCUUCAGUUGAAAACGUUAUAACAAUAUGCCAAUGUGGGAGGAUCGUUAUUUUACAUACUGUAUUCAUUUUUGCCGAGAAGAAAUCGGUUUAGAACAUAUUAUGAGUAUUCAUGAUUGUACCUAUUUAAUCAUUUGCUCUCAAGAUAAUUUUUCUCACAUUCUUAUUGGAUUAUAUAGGCUACCUAUGGAAAAGUAGUAUUAUCAUUUUUGGAAUUUUGGAUUCAAGAUUAACUUUAUUGUCUUUCGAUUGCCUUAAUACAUUGAUGUCACAAGUUUCACUACUUAUAUAUGUGUUUGCUUUCAAUUGGCAAUCUUACAAACAAACCACAACCCAGCGAAGAAAUCAGAUUGAUAAUAGUCCAUUUUAGCAGGGAAUAUACGUAUUUCUCGUUAGUAGUUUGACUGAAAAAUGUGCAUAGACCAUACACUUUUCAUUUACUGCCAACCGUUAGUGACUUUCUUGUAUUUCUAUUGCAGACUAGUAUUAGACCGAACUCGUGAAUCUAGUACCUUUUUGUUCCAAAUGGAAACGUUUGUAAACGUUUUGAAAUAAAAUUUGCAAAAUAAA